AUGGGGGUGGUGGACUCAGUCUCCUUUGAGGAUGUGGCUGUGAACUUCACCCAAGAGGAGUGGACUUUGCUGAAUUCUUCACAGAAAACACUCUACAGAGAUGUAAUGUGUGAAACCUUUGAUAAUCUGGCCUGUAUAGGAAAAAAAUGGAAAGACCAGGACAUUGAAGAUAACCACAAAAACCAGGGGAGAAAUCUAAGAGGUCAUAUGAUUGAGAGACUCUGUAAAAGUAAAGAAGGUCAUCAAUAUAUAAAAAGCACUAGCCAGAUUCCAAAUCUUAUUAUGAACAAGGAAACUUCUGCUAGAAUAGAACCAUGUGAAUGCAGCAUGUGUGGAAAACUCUUCAUGCAUCAUUCAUUCCUUAGUGAGCACAUGAGAUCUCACACUGAAAAGAAAGCAAAUGAAUAUCAGGAAUAUGGAGAAAAGCCAUAUAAAUGUAAAGAAUGUGGAAAAACCUUCACUCGUUACCACAGCAUUCGGAUCCAUGAAAGAAUUCACACUGGAGAGAAACCCUAUGAAUGUAAAGAAUGUGGGAAAGCAUUCAGAUUUCUCUUUUCCUUUCGAAGCCAUGAAAGAAUUCAUACUGGAGAGACACCCUAUGAAUGUAAAGAUUGUGGGAAAGCAUUCAAAUUUCUCAGUUCCUUACGAGACCAUGAAAGAAAUCACACUGGAGACAAACCCUAUAAAUGUAAACAAUGUGGAAAAGCCUUUAAUCACAUCCAACCUUUUCAAAGACAUGAAAGGACUCACACUGGGGAGAAACCUUAUGAAUGUAAACAAUGUGGCAAAGCUUUCAGUUGUCCUAUGUACUUACGAAGUCAUGAAAGAACUCAUAGUGGAGAGAAACCCUAUGAAUGUAAAGAAUGUGGGAAAGCCUUCUUUUUUCACUCAAACCAUCGAAGACACAUGAUAACACAUACCAGAGUUCAUCCUUAUAAACUUAAGGAAUGUGGAAAACUCUUCAAGUCUGAUAAUUCCUAUGCAGUGCAAGAAAGAACUCAUUUUGGAGACAAACCCUAUGAAUGUAAACAAUGCGGUAAAACCUUCAUUUGUUCAAGUUAUUUUCAAAUACAUGAAAGAACUCAUACUGGAGAGAAAACUUAUGAAUGUAAACAAUGUGGUAAAGCCUUCCUUUAUUCCAAUCACUUUCGACUGCAUGAAAGAACUCAUGCUGGACAGAAACCCUAUGAAUGUAAACAGUGUGGUAAAUCCUUCAUUUUUUUCAGUCAUCUUCAAAGGCAUGAAAGAACUCACACUGGAGAGAAACCCUAUGAAUGUAAGGAAUGUGGUAAAUUCUUCACUUGUGCAAGUUCUGUUCAAGUACACAAAAGAAUUCACACUGGAGAGAAACCCUAUGAAUGUAAGGAAUGUGGGAAAGCCUUCAGUUUUUCAAGAUCCCUUCAAGUACAUAAAAGAUCUCACACUAGAGAGAAGCCCUAUGAAUGUAAGGAAUGUGGGAAAGCCUUCAGUUAUUCAAGAUCUUUUCAGUUGCAUGAAAGGACUCACACUAAAGAGAAACCCUAAGAAUGUAAAUAGUGGUCAUUAGACUAUCAGUUGUUCUAGUUCCUUUUGAAUGUAUGAGAGAACUUACACCGGAGAGAAAUUAUGUGAAUGUAAACAAUGCAAAAAGCCUUCAGUUGUCCUAAUUCACUUCAAAUACAUGACUCUUGCUGCAGUGGAAUCUUUUUAAAAUGUGGGAAAAUCUUUCAUUCU